AUGGAUGAGAAUGCUGAGGUCAAGACUGAGAAUAUCGAAGUUAAAUCUGAGAAUCAGAGAGAUAAAGAAAAGGCAACCCUUGUUGCUAAAUUAGAUGAUAAUCAUGAAAAUCAAACAAUCUUUGAUUAG